AUGCCCAGGCUUUUCAUAUUACGUGGUGGCGCCCAUUUAUACGAGGCUGGCUCGGACGGAGAGACAGGACGAUGGAGAAACUGUCUAUCGUUCCUCUCGUUAUUGUUUCUCUUUAUAUCUCUCUGUUUUCAUCCUUUAUUUUUUUAUCCCCCCUCUUACUCGCCUUGUUUCAAGUUUUCUCUAUUUUCUGUAUUCCCCGUUUUUCACUUACUAUAUUUCUCUUUUCUCUUUCUCCGUUUGCCACCUUUUUCUGUAACACUCUAUUCCUCUCUCUAUGAAUUACUUUCUGUCUCAUUUAUCCCUCUCUUCCCCUCUAUGUCUAUCUUUGUAUCUCUAUUAGACAUUUCUCUUACCUCUAUUUUUCUAUUCCUCCGCAUUAUCUUUCUGUCUAUCUUUUUUUUUUCUCUAUCUCUCUUCCUCUUUUUCUUCCUAUAUGUUUCUUUCUCUAUCUCAGGCUUUCUCGCAAUUGUUUUUACUGUAUCUUUAUUUUCCUCUCCGGAUUCGUCACUUUCUUUUUCAUCACGAUUUCGCCGCCUUUCUUUUUUCUCUCAUUCACUCUGUUCUUCUCUUUCUUUUUCUACUACUUAUUUUUUUCUUUCUCUCUUUCUCUCUCUCUCUCUCUCUCUCUCUCUCUCUCUCUAA